AUGGCCGAAGUGACAGCAGCACUCGCUGCACUAAAUGUCGCGUGCAAUGUCAUUGCAGUGGUCGAUUUCACCUGGACUUUAUUGACGGAAGCGCGUGAGAUAUACAAGGCGGAAACCGGCGCGAGCGGCAAUGUCACGUUUAUCGGAACCAUCACGAAAGACAUUGAGUACCAUGAUAAACGUCUAGAAGCUUCUCAUGCCGAUAACAUGGAAUUGCAGGAAUUAGUUAAAGAGAGUAGAAGAAUUACAGCACGACUCUUGGGAGCUCUUGAGAAAAUGAAAACCGGGCGACGUCACUCGAAGUGGAAAAGCUUCAGAGCUGCCCUAGGGGAGGUAUGGGGCAAAAGCGAUAUCAAAGACCUGACGGAGAAAGUCGAAAUUCUCCAAAGACAGAUUGCUAGACAUGUUCAAAUGUCUAUCAGUCGAGAAGUACAUGAGACCCGCAAUGAAAUCGGCGCACUCGCAAAUAUGAUUUCGGCCCUUGAGAUUACCAACUCUCAACUUGAUAUUAGUCAAAAGGGAGACGUGAAAACUCUGGAAAGCAAUGUGAUGAGGGCGGUGGAAGCUUCUACCUCGGCCAACCGCCAAAACUUCGAGCAAUUGCGUCAAGCCAUCCUUCUUGAUAAGGCAGACCUUCUGACGGAGGAAGUCAUAUCAGGCAUACAAAACUCACGCCAGCUAUUAAGCGCUACAAAACAACUCGCCGGGUUUGUUGAGGUAACGAAUGCAAACCAGGCUUUUCUGCAAUCUUUGCAUUUUAGCAGUCGCACAACUCGAUAUCGCAAUAUUGAAGUUGCCUACUCGGAAACCUUCGAGUGGAUCCUGCAUGAUAACCCACCAUUGGACUACCGCGGCUCAACGGUAAGGUUUAAGGAGUGGCUCGAAGCAAGUAAUGGGAUUUAUUGGAUUUCCGGAAAACCAGGAUCCGGCAAAUCGACCUUAAUGAAGUUCCUCUACAACAACGAAAAGACUAAAAAGUGUCUGCGCGCCUGGGCACAAAAUAAACCAUUGGUCACAGCGAACUUCUACUUCUGGAACGCAGGCUCGACUCUACAAAAGUCACAAGAAGGUUUGCUACGCUCGAUUGUCUUUGAGAUGCUACGACAGUCUCAGGAUCUCAUCACUGUAGCACGUAGUGCCGUCAUUGCCCCAUCACGCUUCGAGCAAGAUGACAAGGCCUGGGAACUCGAUGAAUUGUUAUCCAUGUAUACCGCGAUAGUCACUUGCGACAUGGAUAGAAAGUUCUGCUUGUUCAUCGAUGGUCUGGAUGAGUUCGAAGAAGGCAGGCGAACACAUCGCGACUUACUAAACACUCUCCGACACUUAAAACAUUCUCCAAACGUCAAGGUUUGCCUCUCCAGUCGUCCAUGGACAGAAUUCGACGAUGAAUUCAGAAACGACGCUGGUCGUCUAAAACUGGAGGAACUGACCCGAGGUGAUAUUGAACGCUAUGUUACAACCCACUUCACAAAACAUCCUCAGUUCAAAGUGCUAGCCACGCAGAAUAUUGCGUACUCUGAUUUUAUUCAAUUAGUUGUCGACAGAGCUCAAGGAGUAUUCCUCUGGGUCUAUUUGGUUAUGCGCGAAUUGCUUAAAGGCCUCACCCACCACGACUCGCUAAACACGCUACGACGCCGGCUUGAUGGUUUCCCGCCAGACCUAGAAGAGUUCUUCAAGGUGCUGAUCAAGCUCGUAGAUCCAAUGUACCACAAACAAAUGGCUCGAUACUUCUUCCUUGCUGUGACAGCUAAGCACCCCCUGCCCGCGUCGUUCUAUUCUUUCAUGGAUGACCUGGAGGACAAUCCGGUACUAACGUUAGAGGGUAAUGUCAGAUCAAUGUCGGAUGAAGAAGAUGAUCGUCGGCAAGAUCAACUGAAACGAAGGCUUGACGGGCGAACGCGAGGUCUUCUUGAGCUACACGACUCGGAUGGUCUGUCCGGUAUCGUCAGCAUCUGGACUGGUGAGGUGGACUUUCUCCAUCGCACUGUUCGUGACUUCCUACGUGACUACCAGAACAUUCAGAACUUGUUUACACAGCAUCUUAGCGACGAGAGCCCUUCACUGACUGCAUGUAAAGCCAUCUUGAUUUCAAAUCAGACAAUCCCUUCCAAGUACACCCGUAACGAGGUUCGGCAAACUUUUCGCAACACACAAUUCGAUUGGCGCCAUAUGUUCCUGUUCGCCGCCAUUUAUCUGGACACUUCCGACUCUGAAACUGAGUUAGAAAAGCUGCUCGUUGCAGCGGAGGAAACAGAGAAUACUGCCCGCAGCGUACUCCGUUUGAAGCCUCGGUCUCGAUAUUUUCUAGGGAUGGCUGCCGGGAUUGGCUGUUGUUCUUACCUCGAAUCAAAGCUUAAGUUUGCACCGCUACUGGUCACACCCAUUUCGGAAGAUGUUGAUGACAAUGACAAUGAUGACGACGACGACGACGAUGAUGACGAUGAUAACCCCGCGUUAUUCUUUGCGCUACAUCUUACUAAGGACAACCUGAGCAACGUGAUGUCCAUGCGUUGUAUAAGUCUUCUCCUCAACGCCGGUGCCGACCCUAACGAGCGAUACGUAGUCGAAUUGUACAGGCCCGCUAUAGAGAAGACUUACAACUCUGUCUGGUGUACAUUCUUGGAUGCUGUUAGAGGUGGACACUUGGUCUUGGAAAAGAGAACUCUGUACGAGCUCUCGAGUUUGCUCAUCAGCCAUGGUGCGGAUCUCGCAGUCUCGCCUAAUGAUAGAGACACAAGAUCUACUGUGGACAUACUUACUCCCUUUCUUGGAAGGCGCAUGGUUUUGCAGCUACAUGAGGAGUUCCUUCAAAAACAAGUGGCGGCAAGGAAGAUGGUCCAAGAAGCACAAGUCGCCGUCCAGAAGAAGCGCAAGAGUCGCAAGCUCUGCUGCUUCUUCUGA